AUGAUGGAACUAUGCAAGGUGGAACUGUUGCUGGCCAAGUUUCAGCGGCUAGCCGCUCAGGAAUAUGCUCACAGAUCUGGUUCCGGACUGCUGUUGAAAAAUCGGACGUGCUGCCGCCUCUUAAGCCCAAGCAGGCUUAUAGUGGUUUUGUCAUGGAAAGAAGGACAGCCAUUCUUCUGCAGUUUAGGCUUAUGGGGCAAACCUGAUGAGUUAGCAAAGCAAGCUUUAACGGAUUUCGACCUGAUGACUUUGUUUCGCCAAUCGCCCACAACAAGCGAUUCUGACAUUUCCCAACUCAACACCGCUUCCAUCGCCCGCGAAGUCCUUAACAAAAUACACUUCCUGAUCCAUGACAGCCCCACAGGCCAAUCGACCCCUAGUAUUUCCAAAUCAUUCCAUGUUGGAUGCCUUCAAAUUACAAUGAUGAUCUAUGUUGUCAUCACAGAAGGGCCUGUACCUCUACUAUUUAUGACAUUCCUAACCAUUGUGAAGAUGGUGUCCACCGUAUUUGUCGUACUGGAGUAA